GUAGAUCUAGAUUUAGUCUGCACGCGUGUCAUCAGCCAAUCACAAGCGCGGAGCCAACGCACUCUACAACACGCACGAGCGCUGCCUACCGCCUGCCUGCUCCUACCUGUGCUCUGUACGUCGCUUGACUGAGUACAGCCAGAUAGACUACCACAAGUCAAGAUGUCCUUUCCCGGUCAGAACUAUCAGCAGCAACACCAGCAGGGCAGCAACUAUGGCAGUGGUUAUGGUUCCUCCCAGCCGUAUCAGCAAGGCGGUUACGCAGCACCUGGUCAAGGCGGCUAUAACCCAAACAAUAAUGGGUAUGGUGUGCCGCAGGGCGCUCCACCUAAUUGGAACAAUGCGCCGCAGUAUGGUGGUCAGCAAGGUGGAUAUCCACCACCUCAGCAGCAGCAAGGACCACCUCAAGGCUACGCGGCCCCUCAUGCGCCUCCCACCGGUGCACAGAGUUUUGGCGUUGGCGGUAUGCAGUACCAAUUCUCAGACUUGCACGGUAAGAAGAAGGCCCUGUUGAUUGGCAUCAACUAUUUUGGGACCAAGAGUGAAUUGCGAGGUUGCAUCAAUGAUGUUCACAACAUGGUACAGUUCUUGACGGAGCGCUAUGGGUUCAGGAAGGAUGAUAUGGUGAUUUUGACGGAUGAUCAGCAGAAUCCGCGUGCUAUUCCUACACGCGCCAAUAUUCUGAGUGCGAUGCAGUGGCUUGUUGCAGGUGCCAGACCAGGUGACAAUUUGAUGUUGCACUAUUCCGGUCACGGCGGUAGUACGCGUGAUUUAGAUGGUGAUGAGGAAGAUGGCAUGGAUGAAUGCAUCUACCCAGUCGAUAUGGAAACAACCCCACCUGGUCACAUCAUCGAUGACAUUAUGCAUGAUAUCUGCGUCAAGAGUCUGCCACCAGGCUGUCGACUCACUGCAAUCUUUGAUUGUUGCCACUCUGGCAGUAUCUUGGAUUUGCCAUACAUGUACAACACGCGAGGUGUGCUCAAGGAACCCAACCUUCUCAAGGAUGCUGGACAAGGUCUCCUUGGUAUCGGCAAGUCUUACCUCUCAAAUGAUAUCGGUGGCGUGCUCAAGGGCGCAUCGGGACUCUUUAGCAAAGUGACAAAGAGCGGCAGUGGCAAUCGAGAACAAGUAAAAGCUAUGAAAACGGCACCGGCAGAUGUCAUUUGCUUUACCGGUUGCAAGGACGAUCAAACGUCAGCAGAUGCGUCUAUUGCUGGACAGGGACAAGGUGCCAUGUCCUUUGCAUUCCGUAAUGCAUUGCUGAAGAACCCUCAACAGAGCUACUUGCAAUUGCUCAACAGUAUUCGCGAUGAGAUGAAUCAGGGUAAUUACUCGCAACGGCCACAAUUGUCGUGCUCGCAUCCUUUGCAGAUUGCCGAGAUUCUAUUCACUCUUUAAGCGUUGGUCAAAGUGGUUGAAUACGGCAGACAUGUCGACUGUGAGGCAGGCUUGGCGAUUGUCCAUGACACGCUCUUCACCCUUAGAGCACUGUCAGGGUGGCUACUGCGAGGACAUGCGAAAUUUUCAGAUGGGCACAGCUAAGGGUUUUAUGCUGGGAGGAUCUUACAACGUACAGAGGCAUCAACUAUCGAGCCAAGGCAACUGUAUAGUCAUUCAGAUCGUUGUCUAUAUCUACAUCGCAUCGUAAAUUGUUCAUGCGAUAACAGCCAGGCGACUGUUGUGCAUUUCUUUCAGUGCCCAAGUGACGUGCCUGGACGAUGACAAGCCUGAUGCCUUGAAAGGUAGCAAUCUAGAUCUUUACAUAAAACAACAUACAU